AUGAUUGAUACAAAAUCUAAAGCACCCGUACCUUUUUGGUGUUCAAUGCGUGUUUUUAUCACUUUUAUGAGUUUUCUUGGUAUGGUCGUACAUUUUUCACAAAAAACUAACAUUAGCAUAGCUCUUGUUUGCAUGGUAAAUCAUUCAGCUAUUCAACAUUAUGAAAAAAAUAUUAGCAAAACACAUUUUACUGAAAUAAAUUAUAAUUGCCUUCAAACCAAUAAAACGAAUCAUCGUGAAGGACCGUAUAUUUGGAAUAAAAAUAUUCAAGGUAUUAUAUUAAGUUCCUAUUUCGGAGGUUAUAUCGCAACUCAGAUACCAGCUGGCUAUUUAGCUGGUCGAUAUGGCGUUCGUUUUCUCUAUAGUGGUGCUAUUCUUGUGUCAAGUUUAGCGACUAUCGCUAUGCCAUUCGUUACUUCAAUACAUUGGAUUGCUUUUACUAUGCUUCAAAUACUUGUUGGACUUGCGCAUGGCACGAUUUGGCCAUGUAUUGUUGUUAUAAUGACCCAUUGGGCACCAUCCAACGAGCGUGGAAAAUUAAUGGGUUUUGUAAAUGGAGGCGCUCAAGUGGGAAAUGUUCUCGCUUUAUCCAUCAGUGGAGUGAUGUGUUCAUGGCAUUUUGCUGGUGGUUGGCCGUUAAUUUUCUAUUCAACAGGUGCAAUUGGUUUCUUUUGGGCUAUAUUAUGGAUUUUAAUCUAUGUUGACUCACCUGAUAAUCAUACUUAUAUAAGUAUAAUAGAAAAAAAAAUCAUUCUGGAAAAUACACAACAAUCGUCAAAUAACAAUGAUCGAUUUCAUACUCCAUGGCGAGCUAUUCUAACAUCAUCGGUUUGCUGGGCAUUAUUUAUUAUGCAUACAUGUAGUAAUUGGGGUACAUAUACAUUUCUGACAUCGAUUCCAAAAUAUAUGGAUGAAGCUUUGGGUUUUGAUAUUAAAUCGGCAAGAAGUUUUUUACCCGCGAUAUUUGUUCUUGGCUUAGCGUUUAUGACCUGUCAACACAAAUAUACGGCUGUUAUUCUUCUAACAAUUGGUGUAGGAUUGACUGGCUGUUGUUUUGGUGGAGGUUUUGCAUUAGUACCGAACGAUAUCGCUCCAGCAUAUGCAGGUAUUAUUUUUGGCAUUUCCAAUACAUUCGCAACUAUACCAGGUAUUAUUAGUCCAUAUGUAGUUGGCGCUCUAACAGAAAAAGAUCCAAAUAAUUGGUCCAUUAUAUUUUUCCUAUGUACUAUUAUUUAUAUUAUUGGAUUAAUCAUAUUUUUACUAUUUGGUUCAAGCGAAUUGCAACCUUGGGCAAUAAAACAAAUAGAAAAUAAUGUUUUGUAUGACGAUCUAUUAUCUAAACAAAAUAAUGAAACAACAGAAAAAAUAUUAAAUCUAGAAAAUUAA